AUGGAAGGAUAUCACAGUGUGGUCCACGGCUACUGCUAUUUCCAUCCAUCUGGCAGGAAACAAACAGACAAACAGACAAACAGACAAACAGACAAACAGACAAACAGACAAACAGACAAACAGACAAACAGACAAACAGACAAACAGACAAACAGACAAACAGACAAACAGACAAACAGACAAACAGACAAACAGACAAACAGACAAACAGACAAACAGACAAACAGACAAACAGACAAACAGACAAACAGACAAACAGACAAACAGACAAACAGACAAACAGACAAACAGACAAACAGACAAACAGACAAACAGACAAACAGACAAACAGACAAACAGACAAACAGACAAACAGACAAACAGACAAACAGACAAACAGACAAACAGACAAACAGACAAACAGAAAAACAGACAAACAGACAAACAGACAAACAGACAAACAGACAAACAGACAAACAGACAAACAGACAAACAGACAAACAGACAAACAGACAAACAGACAAACAGACAAACAGACAAACAGACAAACAGACAAACAGACAAACAGACAAACAGACAAACAGACAAACAGACAAACAGACAAACAGACAAACAGACAAACAGACAAACAGACAAACAGACAAACAGACAAACAGACAAACAGACAAACAGACAAACAGACAAACAGACAAACAGACAAAUAACCUUCAAUUUCCGGCCGGACAGAAAAUCCGCCAUAGUCCGAUCAACGAAUGUUUGGGGAGAGGGUGCAGACUGCAGAGUGCUUGGAAGGGACAGCAUUUUUUUGUUUUAGAGAUCGAUUUGGGGUCUUUAGGAGACAUCGAGGAAGCAGCAGAGAAAGCUGAAGAAAAUCUUCUUCCCCAAGAAGGUAGACCGAAGUAUAAUGAAGCAUAUCAUACGUACCAAGAUCAGUUCACCAAAGAAAGGGCCACAGAAGCAGGAUCGGAAAACAUCGUUCACGGGUGCAAAAUUUUCCACCGGUGGAAAGUAAAAUUCGCCGUCGACAUCGAAGUAGCCGGUGACGGAGCGACCGCAGAGCGUCACCGCCGCCCUAGACCGGUGCACCGCCUCUCGCACCUUUGCCACGCGAUAUUCGCAGAGAGGGGGUGGGACAAAAGAGCUGGAACCGUCUGA